AUGUCGUCGUCUUCGACGCCGUCGUCUGCACCGCCGCAGCGUGGAACAAGGCGGAGUCGUGGACGAGGCCGCCCUUCUCGUGCUACCAAGAAUAAGGAGCACUCCCAUGAUCAAGAACAUACCCCGUCUCACCACCAUGCAUCCGACCGCAAGUCUUCACGCAAGUUUGGCGCCAAGCUCACUCAUCAAAAAGAGGCAUCCGCACCUGCACCACCACCGACAGUGCGAGAAUAUACUGACUUAAGAUCGCGCAUUGUAACUGAAAUUUCCCAGGGUGAAUACGACUGCAUCAUAUGCUAUAAUGCGAUUAAACGCAAGCAUCCUAUCUGGUCCUGUACGCGAUGUUAUGCAGUCCUACACCUGUCCUGCGUCCGAACCUGGGCCGAAAGAAGUGUAACGCAAAUCAAGGAACAGAAUGCUUUGCACCAAGAAGCCAGUAUACGAGACAUGCCAGGGCACUGGCGAUGCCCCGGCUGCCAAGACGUGAAGCAUGAUGUGCCACGCACGUACAAGUGCUGGUGCCACCGCGUAUCGAAUCCGCACCCGCCAUCUCAUGGAGUGCCGCAUUCCUGCGGUGGUCGAUGCAAACGCGGAUGCAAGCGGCACGGCUGCCCAGCCAAUAAAUGUCAUCCAGGGCCGUGCCCGCCCUGUGCUGCCACAGUCGAAGUAGCGUGCUUCUGUGGCAAAGAGCCACAUAUGCACGUCCGGUGCUCUCAAUUGCCUCCUGAAACAGGCGGCCGUCUAUCCUGCGGGAAUGCAUGCGGAAAAAGUCUGGCGUGUGGCCACCACACAUGUGCUCAGCCGUGCCAUGCCGGUCCAUGUGCACCGUGCGCGGAGAUCCUGGCGGAUGUACCAUGCUUUUGCGGACGCCAUGCGCGCACCAUUACAUGCGGUGAGCGUCCGCCCGAGGCGGCUGGCCUCCGUGCAUGCUGGUCAUGCCAAGAGCCGUGUGGCGCACCCUUAGCAUGUGGACACCACACAUGCCAGAAGCCGUGCCACAUCCGUACGGGAGUGGCGCCUUGUCCGUACGGCCCUGAUCAGGUUCGGACAUGUCCUUGUGGUCGCACGCCUUUAUUGGACCGCUUGGAUUGCCGCGACCCUAUCCCGACCUGUGAGGCUUCGUGUGGCAAAAUUCAUGCGUCCUGUGGCCAUGCAUGCUCGGCUACGUGCCACAUCGGGCCGUGCCCGCCAUGCGAAGCGUCCGUGCUGCAGGUCUGUCGCUGCGGUGCAUCCAAGCGACGUGUGAUGUGCUGUGAAGCCAAAGUCUCAAACGAGCCUUUCCUAUGUGAUCAGAUCUGUAAAGUUUCGCGGCACUGUGGCAAACAUGUAUGUCAACAGCGAUGCUGUCCACUUGCGUACCAAGCGAGUGUUCCGAAAAAGAUGCUGCCCACCGACCUGUCGCUGCUCGAUCCCAUGCACUACCAUGCAUGCCACGUGCGCUGCCAAAAGCCUCUGUCGUGCGGCCGCCACACAUGCGAUGCGCCGUGUCAUCGCGGCGCAUGCGCACCAUGCCUGCGGUCAACGUUUACCGAAGUGAGCUGUACAUGUGGGCGCACUGUACUAGAUCCACCUGUGCCAUGCGGCACGCAAGUCGAGUGCUCGUAUCCGUGUUCUUUGCCACCGCCCCCUUGUGGUCAUCCCAAAAUUUCUCACACGUGUCAUCCACCUGAUACCCCCUGCCCCCCCUGUGUCCAUCUUACGAACAAGGUAUGUAUGUGUGGACGCACGACUCUUCCUGCUGUGCCUUGCAGCCGAAAAAAUGUGCGGUGCAGUGCUCCGUGCCGUCGAACUUUAGCAUGUGGUCAACAUACAUGUUCUGGGGCUUGUCACGCGGAAGGUGAAUGCCCACCGUGUAAGCAGGUGUGUGGUCGACCGCGCCCGCUAUGUGGGCAUCCAUGUGAACGGCCGUGUCAUGCGCCCGUCGCAUGCGAUACGAGCGAGCCGUGUCGUGCCAUGAUUCUUCGGCACUGUGAGUGCGGUCAUCGUGAGCAACUCGAUGUGUGCGGGGCAGCUCCUGGUGUCGACCGCGAACCUGUACCCAUGCUCUCAUGCACACCAGCCUGUAAGGUGGCACAGCGAAACGCCCGCUUUGCUCGUGCACUGGGUUUGGACGUGCGGAGCGAGCAUGUAUCGUAUGCACCGGCGCUUGUCCAGUACGUCGCCCAAGAUCCGCGUGGGGCACAGGCUGUGCAGGAUGUGCUGAAUGAAUUUGUGCAGUCACCCCGAGCUGCUGCGCAGGUGCACUCCCUCCUCGCUUCAUACGCUCUUCGCCGUGGCUGUGAGCCUAUCAAAGUCCAUAUGGACCUCUUGACCUUCGUGGAGCAGUUGGCUCGCAUGUACCAUCUGGAGACGGAACUUUGCACGUUGUCCGGCUUGCUUUAUACAGGCCCGCUUGUGUCGCCUGCCCGCGAUGCCGACGUGCGCGUGCGACGUACGCGAGACACGCGCAUUCCGUCGGUGCUGCUGACCGAGUAUGCAGCGACGCAGCCGGCCCGCUCGGCUCUUGAAGCGCGUCGCCACGUGUCGCCUAGGACUCCGUACGGCAAUGCUGUUUGGAUCGAUGGCGUGCUGGAUGAUGCUGCUCUCUCUGUGGCUUUGCAACGAGUGAACUUGAAUGGCCAGCGCUCAUGGCACGUCCGACAAGUCCAGACAGCUACCCUUCUGACGCACAUCCGUCUUGAGCCCCAAAGUCUUGCGUCGGUGGCCAGUGGCCCCAAACCGCAGGGGAACGAGUCGCUAUCGACACCGACGGAGCGGCGGCUGCUGCGGCUGUGUGAGGAUGUGCAGCACGCAUGGGAAUCUGCCGGUGCCAAGGCACCAGCUACUGUUGCUCUGUGCGCUUGUGCAGACGACGAGCGAAUUACACAUCUAUUCAGACAGGGCCGAUGGGAGCGGUAUGAGGCAUCACUCGCCUGA